AUGCAACCAAGGUCAAUUUAUAACAAGAAGCGGCCCCGGGAAUCUUUAAACCAAAAUCACAAGGCGUCUGCCUCAACCAGUGUCAGUUAUACUGGUGAGCAGUCACACCGGCAUGCAUGUCGUCGUGCAGCUGUGGUAAAUAACAACUCGAGGGUCCGCACAAUUACUCAACAACCUUCGGCAGAAAAUAUUGAACAGAACUUCGUUCUUCCUCCAGAAUAUAUGGAUAUUGACGACUGUACAAAUGUUUGUGAAUUCUGUGGUGCUCUGUUUUGGUUUGAUGAGCGGGUUAUGUCUGUGCCAUUAGGGCGAAGACCUAUAUAUUCAACAUGUUGCAAGCGCGGAUCAGUUGUUAUCGAUUUUCCAGUUGACCCACCUGAUGCAAUCCGUAGCCUUUUCCAAGAAAAUCACUUCAUGAACAACAUUCGUGCAUAUAAUUCAAUGUUCUCAAUGACAUCAUUUGGAGCCAAAGUCGACGAAUCUAUCAAUCAAGGAAAUGGGCCAUAUGUCUUUAAAAUUACAGGCCAGAUAUCUCAUUGGAUAGGUUCUAUUUGCCCUCCUCCCGGUGAACGUCCUAGGUUCUUGCAAAUGUAUGUAUUUGAUUCAGAGAAUGAGGUGUCGAAUCAUCUCAAUUGUUUUGGUAAUAGCUCACGUCAACAACUGUUGCCUGCUGUUGUUUCUACUUUGGCUUCAACAUUAAGUCAAUCUAAUGAAUACGUCCGACUGUUUAAAAGUGCUAAAGACUUCUGUUCUACAGCAAAUAUUCCUGACUUCGUUGUUAGACUUCAUGACUACCACAGGCUCAAGAACUAUGGUCUUCCAGCACCUGGGACACUGGGUGCAAUAGUUUGUGACGAUGGCUCAACAUUCGAAGAGUUUGACAUUGUCGUGCGUACCAAAGAUGAUAGACCUCACAAAGUUAGUAAACUACAUCCCGCUUAUAUGCCUCUACAAUACCCUCUUUUAUUUUCGCACGCUGAACAGGGAUGGUCACCGGUACUUCGAUUGGCUAAUACUUCAGAAAGGUGUAACCGUAGCUUAACGAUGAACAUGUUCUACAAAUUCCAAAUACAUGAAAGAGCAGGUCGGUAUACUCAUUUGUUGCGUGCUGGUAGAUUGUUUCAACAGUAUCUGGUUGACUGUUAUGUCUCUAUAGAGCACGGUAGAUUGGAUUAUUUUCGUAACAACCAAAACAACCUCCGAUCUGAAUUUCUUCAAGGACUGUAUGAUGCUCUGUCUGCUGGAGACGUUGAAGGUCGCCACGUUGGAAAGCGUGUUAUUCUUCCUUCAUCCUUCACUGGUGGUCCUAGGUAUAUGUACCAACAUUACCAGGAUGCAUUGGCUAUCUGUAAAGUUCAUAAUAACCCACAAUACUUUAUUACAUUUACAUGUAAUGUUAAAUGGCCUGACAUUUCCCGCGAAGUCUCAAGAAAUGGUGCAACGCCUCAAGAUAGAGCUGAUAUUAUUGCUCGCGUUUUCCAGUUGAAAGUAGAGUCCUUUGUAAAAUAUUUGAAAGAAUCGCAACCUUUUGGCCCCGUUACUGGAGAGGUUUACACUAUAGAAUUCCAAAAGCGCGGCCUCCCUCAUUGCCACAUUCUGUUGUGGGUCUCAUCAGAAUAUGUUAUUCGAGAUGCAACAUCUUUAGAUAAUUAUAUCUCGGCAGAAUUGCCUAAUCAAGUUACCGAUCCAGUUCUCUAA